CUUGCGCGCCUCAGCCUUUCCGCUCGCGUAUCACUCCGCGUCGCUCACUCAACUAACCCACUUUCUAUUCGUCAGUUUCAACAGUGAAUAAUUUCAAACUUCACAUUCCAUUUUCAAAUGGAUAUAGAGUUUUUGUUUUUUUACGCAGUGGCCAGUGUUCAAUUAUGAAUGUUCUUGGAGUUAGUUUUUAUCGAUGAAAUAAAGCCGUGAUCGCAUGGACGACGCCGCCGUUCCGGGCCGUCACGGCGGCCGGACGACAACCGUUCCCCGUUUGGCACUUUCCUUAUCUAAAACGACGCGCUGAGGUCCGGUAGCGGAUCCACAACAGAGACAAUAAUACCAGCCUUCAACCAGGAUGAAUUCUACGGAGACCAGCCUCGAUGUGAACCGGUCCACGCCUAUUUACACCAUCGGUACCAGUUUCAUAACGCAAUGGAAACUACAGAAGAUGAGACAGAGGACUUGCCUCACCCCCAGUGGGGGGUAUCAGGAGUGCCACGGAGAGUACCUGAUAGCCAACGGCACGAACUACACAGAUAUAUACUACUUUAACAACACCUUUGAAAACCUUCUCACUGUUAAUGGUGGUUUGCAACCCGUUCUCCCGCCAUUCCCUCUAUGGUUGGCGGCCAUCUUUGCCACGUGCCUCGUGCUUGUCAUCCUACUGACUGUCAGCGGCAACGUUCUGGUGCUACUAGCCUUCUUGGUCGAUAGGACUAUACGACAGCCUAGCAACUACUUCAUCGCGUCUCUGGCGGCCACUGAUCUGUUGAUUGGUACUCUGUCGCUUCCAUUCUACACGGACUACGUUUUGAAAGGCUACUGGCAUUUAGGGCCCCUUCUGUGUGACCUUUGGCUGUCAGUCGACUACACAGUGUGUCUCGUCUCACAAUACACAGUCCUCCUAAUAACUGUAGAUAGAUUCUGCAGCGUGAAAAUUGCGGCGAGGUAUAGAGCCUGGCGAACGAAAAAUAGAGUCAUAUGGAUGGUAACCGUAACAUGGAUCAUACCAGCUUUACUAUUCUUUACGACAAUAUUUGGAUGGGAACAUUUUGUCGGGUACCGAGACUUACAAGAGGGCGAAUGUGCCGUACAGUUUCUGAAGGACCCGAUAUUUAAUACAGCUUUAAUAAUAGGCUAUUAUUGGACGACGCUGUUUGUUUUGAUUGUACUUUAUGCUGGGAUUUUUAAGACAGCGUAUGAUAUGCAGAAGAAAAGUGAAGCUAAACAAAGGAAAAUGCAGUCGAUGGUUGCUUUGAGUGCCGGUGUGAUGACGGGAAUGGCUGGGCGGGCAGCCGGAAUGGCAGCUUUGUCAAAAGCGACUAUUUCCAGUGAAGAUCAAAUGAAAGUGUCAGAGUCUAUGCGAAAAGAUUCCACUUCAAAAGGAUCGCUAGCUGCUCCAUUGCUAAAUCUUGGUGGGUCAAGUGACUCGAAUUCUAGUCAAAAAUCUUCAGCGCACAAAAGUAGUGCUACUGCUACUGGUACUUCCACUACAGCAGAAUCUGAUGAUAAGAAGGAGGAUCAGGUAGAAGCAGAAAGGUCAAGCAGUCCAGCUUUUGACUCGGAUGAAGAAAGCACUACACAAACAAAUGUUAAGAAACGGCCGUCAGUAGCAAACUUAGUGAUGCAAACAGGUGCUAUACAACUGUUAAAUAAUAUGCGUUUAAAUGGCGGAAUGAUGAUCAAAACUGAUUUAAAACAGUCACCAGUAUUGAAGCAUGAAACUGAUAAGCCAAAGACAUCAUUAUCACAAAUAUCAGAGAAGAGUUUGCUGGACACCGAUAACCCUGAUACAUCCCAGAGUACUGACAAUAUACCUGUACCAAAUGUGCCACUGUCUACCGCUAGCCUUAUGUCUCCCCUAUCAUCGGGUAUAACAACACCGUCCGAACAAAGAGAGGUAUCAACAACAAUUGCUCAAAGAAUUAUUCCACCCCCAUCUGAAUUUAGAUGUAGUCCUCCAGUUUCCGAAAGUCCGCCAUCUCAUUCAGAAUCAUCACGCACUAGGACAGUUAGGCUUGUCAAAGGUGACGGUACGUCGUACGAUAUGCUCGUGGGUAUGGAUGGUGCUGACUUGAGGUACAUGGAUGAGAGCUCCGUCAACGUACCGUCACCUACAUACGAGAGUCCUCCUUCUUCCGUAACAUUCCCAACUGCGACUGAACCAUCAUCACCACCAACAUUAAAUUCAGGUAACGAAACUAACAAGUCUUUAUUGCAGGCAGCUUUAAUACGAGCGACCGCCGAGGCUCAAGUAACACAGCCGAAAACGAAUUUCUCCCCACCACCUCCAAUUAAAGUGAAUACCGAGGUGAGUUUAAGUACAGGGGAGCGCUCCAAGCCUGUUAUUACUCUAGUAUCGUCGUCUUCCAAUAACAAUGAGCCCCAGCCUCCCAAGCCGGCUGAGGCGAAAACGUCGCCAUUGAAACUAAAUCCCGCAAUAAGUCCAGCGGUCGAGAAUAGUGAUGUAUCAAGUACUGUUGUAACUGGGUCAGGCCGCGGCGACUCUAAGAAAGAGUUCGUAAAAAACAUAGGAAAAAAAUUAAAAGUUAAACGUUCAAAGCGGGACGGCCUGUUUCCGAGCAUCGGCCGGCAGAAAUCCAAAUCAGAGAACAGAGCUAGGAAAGCUUUUAGAACUAUUUCAUUUAUAUUGGGUGCGUUCGUUGUUUGUUGGACUCCGUACCACAUAUUGGCUUUAGUGGAGGGUUUCUGUACGGACCCGCCGUGUAUCAAUAAGCAUUUGUACAUGUUCUCGUACUUUCUGUGCUAUGCGAACAGUCCGAUCAAUCCGUUUUGCUACGCGUUGGCUAACCAGCAGUUCAAGAAGACUUUCACGAGACUCCUCCGGGGGGACUUCCAUAUCACCUAGUCCAUGUAUAUCGGUCAUCGUAAUGCGUAAACACGACAGCCGACCGAGUGUCUCAUGACAUAAUGUUCUACGCACAAUUUUCAUUGAAAACAUGAUAAGACAAUACCAAUAUUAAUGACUUUGUUGAAAGCUUUCAAUGUAUAGACAAGAAAUCGUGUAGAAUACUUGUAUUUAAUGUAUAGCGAUUUCAGCUUUAUAAAAGCAAAUCUUUAAUAUGUAAAUAGUGUUAGGUGUAUUUUUAAUUGAAUUUCUUUGAUCGUUCAGAACUGACAAUAAAUUGUUAGAUCGUGUAUAUAAAGGUGAAUUAAAGUCUCUUCAUAUUAAUAAUAAUUAAUGUUAUAUUUAAAGACGAUAAUAUGUUAGUAUAGUUAAAUAGAGAUCGCUUCAAGUAAUGUCGAAGACAUUGUGGUAAAUUAAAUGUUUGUAGAUUUAUAUUAUAAAGUAAUAAUAAUUGUAUAAUUAUAAGUUUAAAUUAAAAACCACGAUAGUAUUGUGUGUGACAAUGAGUUGGUAAUUUUAGGUUAAUGUUAGAUUUUUAAUAAAUUGUAUUAUUAUGAUUAAAUAGGAUUAUCUGGGAAAAUAAUUUAGUGACACUGGGAAAUAAAAUUAGCGAGUCAAAUAAUAAGUUUAUUUUAUGAUGAAACUCACUCAUGGUCACAUACUUAAUGAUUACGCUGCAAAGCUUUCAGCCUUGAGCCCAGCUAAAGUUUUCUAGCGUUUGAAAUAGUCAAUUAAAAUAAUAUUUGUAUAGAAAUAUCACAAAUGCGGGCCUAAACCGUUUAGGUAUUAACUAGUUUUCCAAGUUACCGUAAUAUUCCGUAAAAAAAUCUGGUAUAAAGCGGUUAAAUGCAGUUUUUUUUUCUUUUUUUUUAAAGAAAAUGCUUAAGUUUUUUUUGUCUUAUAAUAAUAAUAAUAAGUAUAGUAAACAUAGGUAAGAUAGUAAAAAUUGUUACUCCUGCAUAGGUAAGUGUUCCGAUUAUUUUCGACUGAUAAUUUUUAAUACUCACUGUACAUACAUAUCAGAGUUUCAAACAAAAACUACCAAUCGAAACUGAAGCAUUUUGAAAUAGAUUAUUUUACAGUUACCCGUAUUAUUAUGAAUGUAUAGUCGCUUUAAAUAAUCUGUAAUUUAUUACAUCGUUUAGUAUUUCAUAAGUUAUUGCAAAAUAAAAUGAAAGACAAAAGUGAAAUAAAUUAGUUGAUAUAAUUAUAAAAAAAAGAAAAAUAGCAUUAUUAUAGCCAGUACAAGCAAUCCGUUAUCAAAUGCAUUUAUAGAAAUAAAAUAAAUAAAAUUGUAAACGUGUAAAAUCAUGACCCAAUAAUAAUUAUAAUCCUAGCGAAUGUAUUUAAUUGUAGAAAAAAAACAAUAAUCCAUUUUUUUACUGCUCGUGUCAGAAAAAGUAUUAUUUACCUCAUUUUUGCCUAUGAUCGUAAAAUAAGUUUUAUUUUAGGCCAGUAAA